AUGGACGUUCAUGGAUCCGAAGACACGAGUCCAUUCCACCCUCGUAGGACGAGGUCCUGGUCUCCGGCCUUGUCUAGGUCUAGCUCAGAGGUGGACGAUGAUGAGGAGGCCAAGGUCCUCUUCGAUGCCUGUCGCUUCCCGAGGGCGGGCGACUUGCUGGACUGGGUCGUCGGCGAAGAGCCGUGGCAGCGCGCAGAGACCUGCGAUGGGUCUGCAGUACGGGUUGUUGGAGAGACAAGCGCUCUGAAGCGCCUCUUCGAGCUGCCUCUGAAGGAGGCCGGCGAGGCCCUGGCUUUGCACAGGAUUGGAAACUGCCUGGUCGUCCUUGAUGCUGGCAAGCCAAUCUCAGACGACGAGGAGUGGCAGCAAUCUGCAAGCUUCGACGACAUAUCGUCGCCAAGGUACUCCCCACGGCAGCUGGCUGCCUCUCGCUGCCAGGUUCGUGUCGACGGGGACAUGGUGCGAGUAUUCCCCACCAUCCAAACAGCGGAGCCGGUCAACGUCGACAGCCCAUCAGCUCCGGCAACACCAUGCUGUGAGUGGCAUGUCCGCGAGGGCCUCUCGUUGGUAGCCGUCACCUCCAUGACUUCUGGCAACAGCCUGGACUCAAGGAGCUCUCAUUUUUUGCUUCUUGACCGACAGUCGAGUGUCAAAGGAUUAAGCAUUGAGCGUUUGGAGUUUGCAGGUAACCUCAUCAUGCCGCAGCCCGACGGACCAUCACUUCCGAGGUAUCAUCGGCGGGUGACAGAGGACCGUACAGUGGUGCUGGUGGUGCCGCUGAACUCACCGCUUGAGACGCGAACUCUGAUAGACUCUUGGUUGUCGUGUUGCUUGCAAGGUUCACCAUCGCUGCUCUGCUUCUUUGUGGAUACGGAUGGUAUCUGCCGCGGAUGUAGAUUUGUGCUUGCAGCAGACAUACCCCACCUGGAGGAAAUUGCGAAGGCUUACAGAGUUGACGAGCAGAGAUGUCUGGUCGACGAAGAUGCGUCCUCCAGUGCCUUCGAUCCGACAGUCCUGCGAGAAGCCAGCCACUCUCUCCUGGAGGCUCUGGUCCAUCGAUGUGACCGUGACGGAGGCCAUUUCUUGCUGGUGCCUGGGCCACUGGGGCCGAGACUCUUUGCCGGGCCUGAGCCCGAUGAUGAGUGUGAGGACGAGGUGAGCAGAGUCCCGGGCUUGCUCACUCUGCCAAGCUCAGAGUAUCUGGAGCCACCGGCUGCCCUGGCUCAAAGCGCUCCGUUGCAGCAGAAGGCAGCAGAGGAUGCGAAAACCGACUUAUCUCCAAGUUCUCAUCGUUUGCGCGCCGUGCUGGUCACGAAGGCGUUGCUCAGCUACCAUGCAGCAGUGAGGCUUGCGCAGUCGCCAAUGACAGCAGAUACUGCUCGACUGCGGACGGAGCUGAAGCAUGUUCCGUCCGGUGCCAGGUGGACAGCAAAAAGCUGUUGCCAUCCUAUUCGCGUUCGCCAAAUGAUGCUGCGAUCGGUCCGGGCUUUGAGAUCUGCGACACUCUGUGCGGAGGAUGGCUCUGCACCGCCGCCGCUGCCGUGCAGGUUUCAGCUGCUUUUGGCCUCGGCCUUCGAGUUUCUCGCAGACACCUUCCUGGCAGAGGAUGAGUAUGGCGAUGUGGAUCUGGAUCUGUCCAGAACCCUGAGCGCAUUGCGACACCUGCAGAGAAGCCGGCAACAUGUCACAGAGUAUUGCGGCAGCGUGCUCCCGAAUCUGGAAAGUCGAUUCGGCCGCAGUGUGCGGCAGUUGGAGGAGAGGAUCCAUGCCAAGGCCAUCAAUGCACAUCUCUGCUUGGCAAGGCUGCGCCAGAGGCACUCCUUCGGUCUCGGCAUGCUGGGAUCUGCGAUGAAAGAGCUGGAUGCAGCGGAGGAUCUUGUGGUAAAGCCACGCGCCGGACAGUCGCAGCGUGCAGGGCCUUACGAAUCCUCGCUGCUGGGUUCCAUCUGCAAGUGGAAGGCGGAUCUUCUGCAUGAGCUUGCUACUUUGGUACUCCCGGGCAUUGCACCUGGGCAGGAACUUGAUCCGGAGAUCCGCAGCUACCUGGAGGCCCAGGUGAAGAGCAUGAACGAAUCUAUGCAGCCGCCAGCUACGCAAUGUGAGCGAUGGCUCCAGUCCACCGUGAGCCUCUGCCUCCGUUCUCUGCACCAGCUGGCUGUCGUGCCCAACGAGGUGGCAUCGGAGCUCCAGCUGCAGGUUCGUGCUCUGCUAGGUCGAGCAUACAGCAAGUUGGGUCGGCUCUACGCGAGCACUGGCCGCUUCACGAAGGCAAUGACGCACGCGAAGCAAGGCAUCGAGCUUUUCAACGCCACGAAGGACAAGCUUGAAGCGGCAAAGUUGCAGAUCUGGCUCUGCAGAUUGCAGUUGCGCAUGGCAGUGCCUCAGGCUGCUUCGUACACUCGUUCGACCGACUGCCAUUUCCUGGACAAGGAUCCUGGCCUUCUCAGCGGUCUGUCAGCGGCUGCCCCGACAGAAGAGAUUGCAUUGCAGCAGGUAGUCCAGCAACUUCAGAAAGCGUUGAGCGCUUUGGACAGCACGGCGGCCCCGGAGAACCAAGCUUGUUCCGAGGGCCAGGUUCUUCUUGGGAAGGUCUUCUUCCGACAAGCCCUGGUGAGGCUCGCGAAGGCCGGAGCUCCGCUGAAGGCCUGCGGCCGGCUUGGCGAGGAGGCCUCGGAGGAUGCCAUCUUCGUCAGUGCACUGGACAUCUUGGAGUCGGAAGCCAAGCUGGGCCAAAGCGGCAAGGAGGACUCCAUCGUGAAGGAAGCCAUGGAGAGACUGCAUCAGGCUGCUACAUGCUUUCGAUCGGCUGAUGCCCCUGUUCCUUGCUGCUCCGUCCAUGCCUGCUGUAGCCUGAGAUACAAAGCAGAUCAGCAAUGA